CUGAUCUGUCAGAUAUGCACAUUCUGCCUGACAGACACUGAAGACACUGAUCAACCCUCAUGAUCUUGGCAGAAAGGAAAACUGAUAAACAGAAAAAAAUGAAGAAGACUAGAAGAAGAAUACAAAAGUAGAGAUACCAGAUCAGUGUGGAACUAUGUGAGGAUUGGCAUUCCUUUGGACACCUGGCACAUUUUUGCUUGACUUUCAGGAAAUCCCGCUCUGAAUCUCCUUUCUCUCGUGGAUUUUCUAUUUAUCUAGUUUUAACUUCAAACCUCCCGUGGGUUAAGACUGUGGAUUUAUUCAGGAUUCAUCAGCUGAAAGUGCCACAAGCUGAUUUAACUGUCGCUUGUUUGCUCUUCCAGUUAAAUCUGUGUCUCUGGAGUUGGAUCAUUUCUCGUCUGCUUCUUUCCCUUUCAUGUUAUAUAAAACAGUUAACUGAAACUGGUUCUCAUUGAUUGCCAUCUGGUACAAUGUCGGAGUGACGUUGGAGCUGUGGUGACAGCAGAAUGAAUGAUGUUCUUCUGACACCUGACUGAUGCUUCACUCCCUGCCGCUCAACAUGUAAUCUCACUGGAUCACAUAGACGUGGAUCCCAAAGCUAAUACUUCUGUGGAGGUCCUCCUGUAACCAUGGCGUCCCGAGUGAAGCAGCCACAAGGGCGUGGCCUGUCCUCUUUCUUUCCUUGCUGCUUCAAAGGAGAUGAUCAACCAGAGAUCACCUACUGCCAUGAUAAUGUUGUGUCAGCACUGGAGCCCACCCUGCCCAUGCCUCCUCUUCAAGAACUGGACUCUAUGUUCACUGAGCUGGUGGAUGAACUGGACCUCACAGAGGAGAACAGGGCUGCCAUGUUUUCUUUACCAGCAGAGAAGAAAUGGAACCUCUACUGCAGUAAGAAAAUGGAGGCCGAGGAAAAUAAAGGAGCAACCACCUGGCCAGAGUAUUAUAUUGAUCAGCUCAGGUCCAUGGCUGCGAGGAAAUCACUGCUGACACUGGAAAAUGAGGAUGAGCAGGGAAGACUUAAAAUCGUUGAUGGUCUUAAAACGGCCCUGAGGACACAACCGAUGAGGUUUGUGACACGAUUCAUCGACUUGGAUGGCCUGUCUUGUAUCCUGAAUUUCCUCAAAACAAUGGAUUACGAGACUACAGAGUCUCACAUCCACACCUCACUGAUUGGCUGCAUCAAGGCUCUGAUGAACAAUUCUCAGGGUAGAGCUCACGUCCUGGGUCACUGUGAGAGCAUUAACAUCAUUGCACAAAGUCUUGCCACUGAAAACAUCAAGACAAAGGUUGCAGUGUUAGAGAUCCUCGGAGCAGUUUGUUUGGUGCCAGGAGGCCAUAAGAAAGUACUAGAAGCUAUGAUACACUACCAGAAGUUUGCCUCUGAGAGAACACGUUUUCAGACCCUGCUGACAGACUUGGACAGAUCCACAGGCCGCUACAGAGAUGAAGUCAAUCUGAAGACUGCCAUCAUGUCCUUCAUCAAUGCUGUGCUCAGCCAGGGAGCAGGAGAGACCAGUCUGGAGUUCCGUGUCCAUUUACGCUACGAGUUCCUGAUGUUGGGCAUCCAGCCAAUCAUCGACAAACUACGUUCCCAUGAAAAUGCCACGCUGGACAGACACCUGGACUUUUUCGAGAUGUUGAGGAAUGAAGAUGAGCUAAUGAUCUCCAAACAAUUUGAUGCUGUCCAUAUAGAAACUAAAAGUGCCAGCCAGAUGUUUGAGCUGAUCAAGAAGAAGCUGAACCACACUGAAGCUUACCCUCACCUCCUGUCCGCGCUACAGCACUGUCUCAUGAUUCCAUAUAAGCAGAACAACAACACACUUCAGUACUGGGUAUUGUUGGACCGGAUAAUUCAGCAGCUGGUGCUGCAGACGGACAAAGGUGAAAACCCUGAUGCUGCUCCAUUAGAGGACUUCAAUGUUAAGAAUAUAAUUCGCAUGCUCAUCAAGGAGAAUGAGGUCAAACAAUGGAAAGAUCAAGCAGAUAAAAUGAGAAAAGAUCACCAGAACUUACAGCAGCGUUUGGAAAAGAAAGAGAGGGAGUGUGAUGCCAAAAAUAAGGAGAAAGAAGACAUGAUGGCAAUGCUGAACAAGAUGAAAGACAAACUGGAGCGAGAGACCAAUGACCACAAGCAAGCCAAACUUCAAGUGGCAGAAUUGUCAGCUCGGCUGCAGCAUGGAAGCUCUACUUCUAGUGUUCCAGGGGGACCUCCUGACACUUCUGGUAUUAUAGCUCCAUCCAUUUCCUUUCCUCCUCCUCCUCCACCACCACCACCUCCUCCUCCUCCUCCUCCACCAGAUGGUCCACCUGCUUUUGGCAAAGUUCCUUUAGCUCCUCCUCCUCCAGGAGCACCACUGGUUACUGCACACAAGAGGAACAUUCCUCAGCCAUCUAAUCCAAUGAAGUCAUUCAACUGGAGCAAACUGCCUCAGAGCAAGACAGAUGGAACCAUAUGGACAGAGAUGGAUGAUCUGAAAGUGUUUAAAAAUCUAGAUCUAGAGGAGUUCCAGAGGACCUUCUCAGCUUACCAAAGGCCACAGAAAGAUACUGAAGAUGAUCGUACUGUUGCUAAGAAGGUGAAGGAGCUGUCAGUAAUCGAUGGACGGCGGGCACAGAACUGCAAUAUCCUGCUCUCGAGGCUGAAGCUGACCAAUGAGGAGAUCCGCCAUGCCAUCCUGAACAUGGAUGAACAGGAGGAUUUACCUAAAGACAUGCUGGAGCAGCUUUUAAAGUAUGUUCCUGAGAAGAGUGACAUUGAACUGUUGGAAGAACACAAGCAUGAGCUGGACCGUAUGGCCAGAUCUGACCGCUUCCUGUAUGACAUGAGCAGAAUCAACCACUAUCAGCAGAGACUGCAUACUCUCUACUUCAAGAAGAAGUUUGCAGAAAGAGUGGCUGAGGUCAAGCCAAAAAUAAAAGCUCUGUGCCUGGCAUCCAGAGAGGUGUUGCAGAGUGAGCGACUACGUCAACUCCUCGAGGUGGUUCUGGCCUUUGGGAACUACAUGAACAAAGGACAACGAGGAAAUGCCUAUGGAUUUAAAGUCUCCAGUCUGAACAAAUUAGCUGACACCAAGUCAAGCAUAGACAGAAACGUCAGUCUGCUUCACUACAUGAUCUCCGUACUGGAGAAGAAGUUUCCAAAGCUAGUGACCUUCAGUGACGAGCUACAGAAUGUGCCAGAAGCUGCUAAAGUCAAUAUGACAGAGUUGGAGAAGGACAUUGGAAAUCUGAGGUCUGGCCUAAAGAGUAUUGAGGCAGAGCUGCAGUUCCAGCAGGCUCAGUCCUCUCACUCUCCUGCUGAUAGGUUUGUCCCUGUGGUCAGUCAGUUCAUCACUGUGGCCUCAUUCAGCUUCUCUGAGGUAGAGGAGUCACUCACUGAGGCCAAGGAAUUGUUUGGGAAAGCACUGAGACACUUCGGAGAGGACUCCUCCAAGCUGCUGCCAGACGAGUUCUUUAGGAUCUUCGACACUUUCCUUACAGCUUUCUCCGAGGCCAAACAUGACAACCAGAACAUGGCCAGGUCCAAGGAGGAGGAGGAGAAAAGGGCACUCAUGGAGGCACAGCUGAAGAGAGACAGAGAGCAGAAGGCCAAGAAAUCUGAAGCAAACAAAGAAGAGGGCGAGUUUGACGACUUGGUGUCAGCUCUGCGCUCUGGAGAGGUGUUUGACAGGGACAUGUCCAAAAUGAACCGCAGGAAACAGCGCACGCACAACUUGUUCGAAAACAGCCGGGAGAGGCCUAUCGGCAAACUGAACUAAUACCAGGAAACAAUUGUUUUAACUUCAAACGUAUGAGGCACUGACUAUGCUGAGCAUAGUCGCUGUUCAGCUUCAGACACAGAGGCUCACACUCAGUGAAAACAUGGCUACUAGUGGUGACACAAAGAAAAACAGAUUUUAACCUCUUAAAAAAAGAGGCCUAGCCUAGCUUAAGGGGCUGUACGCACAAAAACAAGUUAAGGUUAACCCACUUAAGUUGUUUUUAUUGUAUCAGCAUUUUAUCCAUUUGAAAACUGGUCAGAGAGUGGGAAAAUCUCUACAAUAACAAACACACAGCAUGCAUGCGUGCUUUAUGCACACGCUCCACAUAACAUGUUCUCUGUUUUUGGUGUAGCGGUGUUACGCCACAUAGAGGCCUGGCAUAUGUACUAUACAUAUACUAUGAACUAACCACUACACCAACUGUGUGUUCCCACAGAUAUAAUAACUUAUACCAUAACAGAAACGGAGACAGACAAAACAAUCACUGAUCUGUUUUGUUUAUUCAAGUAAAAAUGUUUGUUUUUUGUUUCUGUUUUCUCCUCUUUUUAUGUUACGAUUCAACACAUUUUUCACCCCCGUUUGUGAAAUCUCUAAAGACAGACGUGUUCUAGUGAUAUCUUGCGUCUUCUCAGGCUGACUUUUGUUUUCAUUGACAGUAGUUGGUAAAACUGUCAAAGUAAGUGAAAGUAAGUAGUAGUGUGAUGUUGUUUUCAACAUUCAUUUUGGUAUCUCACCAUAGUGAGAUGCCUCACUCAUGUUUCACAAAAGUGGGGUAAAGUCCUGAACCUAAAGUUCAAUGUCUCACAUUACUAGUAUAGCUGUAAAGCUGCACGGUAAGUUAACAUAUAAAGUCAA